AUGUAUACUCAGUCAUUGAAAGCGACUGAUUUUGACGAGUUUGAUGGAGUUUAUGCGGAUUUAGAUGAAGAUAAUCAUUAUGGGCCAAUAAACUAUAAGCAGGCAUCCGUAUACCAGUACAUGAAGUUUAAGAAAAACAAUCAGAAACCAGAUGAUUUUCUCCCAUCUAUGACGCUUUCUAAUGUAUACGCAUUAUCUUUAUUUGACGAGUUCAAGGGUGUUCAUGCUCAACAUUGUGAAAAAUCGUCCCAUCAUAAAUUGUCCACACAAAAACAAAAAAAGAAUUGUAUAAUUUCAUCCGAUAUGAGACGAGAUGGAAAAAAUUAA